AUGACAUUGAAGAUCAGUCCAAAAACCAGAGAGGAAAACGAAGUAAAACCAUGGGAAUACAGUGUGUGGAGGGAAGUCUUCAUGCAUCGUUCAUCCCAUAAUAAGCACAUCAGAGAUCAUACCGGACACAAGUCCUCUCAAACCCACAUUGGAGAGAAACUUUAUCAAUGUAAACAGUGUGUUAAAGCCUACAUGUAUUACAGUGCCUUACAAAAACACCAAAGAAUUCACACAGGCGAGAAACCCUAUGAAUGUAAGCAAUGUGGUAAAGCUUUCAGUUCUCAUCUAGGUUUUCAAAUACAUGAAAGGAGUCACACUGGAGAGAAACCCUAUGAAUGUAAAAAAUAUAGUAAAGCAUUCAGUUGUCUCAGUUACCUUCGAAGUCAUGAGAAAAUUCACACUGUAGAGAAACCCUAUGAAUGUAAGAAAUGUGGAAAAGUCUUCAAGAUAUUAUCAUAAUUACCAACACAUGAAAGAAAAUUUACUGGAGAGAAGCCCUAUGAAUGUAAGGAAUGUGGAAAAGCCUUCAGAUGUUAUCAAAGCUCUCAAAAACAUGAAAGAAUUCAUACUGGGGAGAAACCCUUUGGAUGUGUGGAAUAUGGGCAGUCCUAUAGAUACUACAGCAUAUUACGAAGACACAGAAGGACUCACACUGGAGAGAAACCCUAUAAAUGUAAACAAUGUGGUCAAACCUACAGAGGUCAUAGUGCCUUACACGCACAUGAAAGCUCUCACACAGGUGAGAAACCCUAUGAAUGUAAGCAAUGUGGAAAAGAUUUUAUUUCUCACAGUUACCUUCGACAUCAUGAAAAAAUUCACGAUGGACAGAAACACCAUGAAUGUAAGGAGUGUGGGCUAGCCUACAGACAUUAUACUACUUUGCAAAGACAUGAAAGAACUCAUACUGGAGAGAAGCCUUAUGAAUGUAAGAAAUGUGGACUAGCCUACAGAUAUUUCAGCACCUUAAAAAAUCAUGAAAGAAUUCAUACUGGAGAGAAACCUUAUGAAUGUAAAGAAUGUGGGAGGGCCUUCAGAUGUGAUCUUCAAAAUCAUGAGAGAAAUCACACCGGAGAGAAACCCUUUGAAUGCAAACAAUGUGAUAAAGCCUACAGAGAUCACAGUUCUUAACAAACCCACAAAAGGACUCAGACUGGAGAGAAACCCUG